AUGAGUGGUGAUAUUCCACUGAAACCACAUAUUGCUACUAGUGCCUUGGAAGUUACAGGUCAUACUCCAAUGGUUUAUUUGAACAAGGUUACGCAAGGAUGCUGCGCUAAAGUGGCUGUAAAAUUAGAAUAUAUGAAUCCGACAUGCUCGGCAAAGGACAGAAUCGCCUAUGCUAUGAUUAAAGAAGCCGAAAACGAAGGAAGAAUUACACCUGGAAUGACAACUAUCAUUGAAGCAACAUCUGGUACUGUUUGGGGAACCUUUAUA